UGAUUUGGAUGGAUCACUUUAUAUUAGCAACUUCAAUGUGUAAAGGGCUCUCCUACCUGCCCUCCUCAUGUCUGGAGAAGGCAAAAGAGAUGAGGGUAAAGUUAAGCCACCUGGCUGAGACCCACCACAAGCACAAGCUUCAGGAUGGAAGAAUUCUACAGGACCUGGAAACUCUGCUCAACAGCAAAAGUGGUUUGCAGGCGUUUCGGGCAUUCUUGUGCUCAGAGUUCAGUGAGGAGAACCUUGAAUUUUGGCUGGCUUGUGAGGAAUACAGGGUUUCUCCUUUAAACCUGCAGAAGACCAGGGCCUGCAGCAUCUACAGCCAGUUUAUCAACCCUGACGCCCCACAGGAGGUCAACCUGGAUGCUGAGACCCGUGAGGCUCUGCUGAGUGUGAUGGACUCUCCGUGUGCCAACACAUUCAACAAAGCACAGCAGAGGAUCUACAGUCUGAUGGCCAAGGACUCCUUCCCUCGUUUCCUGCGCUCCCAUCACUGCAUGGAGGCCAUUAAGGCUUUUUAAACAUGCUCAGUUUAGUACUACAGACCUGCUUUAGAGAUAAGUGCCGGUGAAUCUGUACUGCUUCAAAUGUCGAUUGUAUUUUAGCAAUUAAUCUAACGUAUGUGAUCAUGUUAACCAUAAGGUAGUGCUGUCCUUAUAUGCACAGUAUACUAUGAGUAAACUUUAACUCACUUUGUAACCUCAUAAUUAUGAAGCUUAAAUAUAGAUGCAACUAUGCUGCACCUCUGCAUGGCUACAAAUGAUAUCCAGCAAAAGGAUUUAAAUAAAUACCUCAUAGCAGAGAACUCUUGGAAUCUGUAUUUAUUAUUUUAAU